AUGGAAGCAAAUAUUAUUUGUCGACGAUUGGUAACGUCAGAACAAUUUUAUUCAGAUGAUGGUACAGUUGACAGUAGCGCAGCUAUGAUUAUGUAUUAUCUUAUCAAAGGUCUCUCUCACAUUGAUUUCUAUUGGGGUACAGUAGUACGUAGUGCAGAUAAGGGUGGAAAGGAUAUGACACAUUUUAAGGAUCGAAAUACAGUUUUUACGAUAUCUUCACUAACUGGUCGAAGUAUACAAUAUUUUUCAAAUUGUGCUGAUGAAGAAGAUGAAGUUCUUUUUUUGCCUCAUUCAUCUUUUAUUGUAUGUGAUGUCCAAUAUGACCAAAACUUUAGACAAAAUCGUAUAUUUUUGAGACAAAUAGAACUAGGGCUAUGCCAAAACGUUAUUUUGUGGGUUGACGACAAUAUUUUUGAUGCAGAUUGGGAAAACAAGCGACACAUGGAGAAAGCCAGUACUCUAGGAACUCGUGUCAACGUUCAUUUCAUUCCGAAAUCGAAUACACAAUCAGCAUUGGCAUUUCUUCGCUCGGAAUUCGGAGAACGACUCAAGGAUAGCAAUACAUUUCGAAUUGUUACAGAUAUGAAGCGAACUAAUGAAACUCCACCUAGUACAGCAGGUGCUCGACUCAUAUAUGAAGUACGAAAACUUGGUUUUGAACAAACUUGUCUAAUAUUUACGGGACAUGAAGAAUCAGCAUACGAAAAAUUGAAAACUAUAUUCGGUAGCAAAAAAGUGGAUAGGGUCAAAGUAACUGCAGAGCAAAACAUCCUGGAGAAGUUCGUUACUUUCAAAAGAUUUUGAUACAUACCUUAUGAAAAACAAUUAGUUUUCUGUGCUGCAAAUACAAACUAUGUCCUAAUGAUUGAAUAAAUUUGCUCACUUUAGUAUUUUUUUCUCAUCCCCCUUAACUGACAAAAGAAAAAAUAGUAUUUAAACUCCGAACGACUUAAAUUUUUUUUUUAAAGAGAGUGAAUUUUCAAAAGUAUUUGAUAAAGUAGAUAUCAUUGGAUGUGGAUAUGCUGUGUGGAUGAGUGUGGGUGUGGGAAGGUGUGGUUGCGGCUGGGAGUGAGAGAUUGUGAGAAGAGAAGUCUUAGGGUGUGGGUGUGGGUGUGGGUGUGGAUAUGGGUGUGGAUAUGGGUGUGGGGGUGGUGGUGUGGGUGUGGGGUGUGGGUGUAAUCGUUCUUUUGAUGCAGACCCACACCCACACCCUCAAGGUCGUUCAGAGUUUUAUCUAUUUUAAAAUUGACGGUGCAAUUAUAAAAUAAUGGAUCCUGUAUAAAUGGUAGAGCACAUAGGCGGCGGAGUCACGAGGCCUGGGUAGGCUCGAGCCUACCCUAGACUGGAGUCGGGUAGGCUUGGGUAGGCUAAAACGGGGACAGAUAAAGGCUUGGACAGGUUCGAAUUAUCCUAAAUUAAACAUAUGAAAAAGCUUGAGUAGGCUCGAAUCGUCUUAGAUUGAAGAGAUAAAAGAGGCUCAGAUAGGCUCUGUUCAAUGUUAAAAUUCUCUAAAGGGUGGUUCAAAAGUUUCGACCACUCUCUAUAAAUCGAUAGUAUCUACAACAAACUAAUAUGAAGUUAUUGAUCAAAUUACGUCAUCUUUUAGAGAAAGAUAAGAGUUAUCAUGUGAAAAAAUAUUUGGAAAUAGAUCUGGCAUCUCAGCAACACUUUGUAAAAAAACAAGAGAAAAAAAGGUGCCCAGCGUUCUUGAAGAAAAAGAGACUUUUUAGUAAAAAAAAAGAGUAGAAAAAGAGGCGUACAGUUUCCUUUCGAAGAAAACUAAAACUCACCUGCACUAUAGUACUAUAGAUCCGACAAAACUCGUACGUUAUCGGUAUAGAUUGAAUAUGACUUGAAAGAGAAAAACAAAAACGAAACUUCCAAAUUGUUCGGAGAUUUUUGUGCAGCUGCUUAUUUAUCUAUUAGAAAACCGGAAAACAUUAGAAAAAUAUUCUAAAUAUUAUAUCUACAUAGUAUCUGAGUAUAAUAUUACUGUCUAACUAAGUAGGUAUAUAGAAAUAGAAACAAUCAAAAUUCAUUAAAUGUCCUUUUUGCGUUUUGUUCCUUUUUUUCGGAUGGCUGCGCAUGUGAGAAAGUUUUUCUUGAGCUUUUUCAAUUUUUGGCAAUUCUUCCGUGAUUUUGACCAUUUUUCGCAAGUCAGUUUCACUUUUCCGUUUCUCAACAUAAAUUAAUACAUUGGUUGCAACUGUGUCCAGACAGCAGGUUUGUGGGUAUCAUUUGACCGCGUGCUAUCGAAAACGCUUAAUUUUUCGCAGUGACAUAUGAUCAUCUUCUUGGGUUCUGUAUACAACGACUUACUUGUAUUGAGUAGAUUGGAUGAUCUCUUACGUUUUGGUUAUCGGAUACCCCUGUUUAUUGCUAUUGCAUUCCAUCAUAUCCGAUUUCUUCCAAGUAUCAUCAAACCGUUAUCAAUAUUAACCCAUGUCAAGCAAACACGCUCGUAAUUGGAGAAAUACGGCGUUUCAUAUCGCCCAGUAAUGUGAUCGUAUAAAUCCGUAAUCGUAUGCGCAAAAAUAUGAUCGUUUAUAGACAAACAAAGCUCGUCUACACUUUUCGUUUUACUUUGUAUUUCUUCGUAUACGAUUAUAUUUCUCCGUGUACGGUUUGGAGAUAUACGAACCUCCAAAAUGUGAUUGAAUACGAAGAAACUCGGAAGAAGAGGAAGAGGAGUUACUUCAUUUUCUGAUAAGCAGAAAUCUUCAACUUAUGUUAUCAUACUAUCGAAAGCUAUCUUGCCGAACAAAUCCCAUUGAAUCUGACAGAAUUCUAGACCGAGUCUAGUCAUUCUAGGAACUCUUUGCUUUGAAGCAUGCGCUACGCUACGAGUUACCUAUCUAUUGUUAGAUUCAUAUCACAAGCUUCUCUGGGGCCGAAAAAAGUGGUCAAGAAAAGUGAGCUCGAGAUUAUAAUUUUACAUGUCGAUCUUAACCAGAAUAAAUGUGGAAACCUCGGAUUUAAACCCGAGAGUUGUAUGUACUUCAAAAAGUGAAUGAGACAGAUGAGUCAUCCUAGAAUGUGUGGACGUAAAAAUUAUCCUGGCAAACCUUUUCUAUAAAACACUUGAAUUCUAUUGGCUAUUGCUCAAUCAAUAGGAUUUAGAGAUGAAUACAGCUCAGAUUUGAACUCUUCACCUUCAUUUACCCUAAGAAAGUCGUUUUUUCCUAUAGCUUGAUUUCUAUUGGUUACUGCUCAACCAAUAGGAUUUCAAGGCAAACGGAGCUUGGAUUAGAGUUCUCCGACCCAGAAAAUCUCGAACUAUCAUCUCUGUGAUCGAAAGACAGAGCUCUAAUUGUGGAUCAAUUAGAGUGUGGACAAGAACAGAACCAUUUCCUGUUUAAUUAUCUUUGCAAUAGGUGAGUUAGUCUUCUUGUUUCUUUAUGUUUUAUAUACCAUUUUGUAGCUCGUGAAAUUCUCUAUCCAAUGGUAUAUAAUAGUUGGGGUUUUAUUUGACUAUGAUAGGAAAAGUUUCUUACGAAAGCGGGGAUAGGUCGAUUUUCGCAUAGGAAGGCAUAGGGAAUAAUGACUAUUUUUGCAAUAAUUCAGGAACAGCUUGACGAAUCAUUCUCAUCUUCAAACUCGACCGAGAUAUUGUUGAGACUAAACUGUGUAGAAAAUUUCAUCGCAAUCGGACUCUCCUUUCAAAAGUUAUCGUGUAAACGGUCGGACACACUAACCGAUUCUAGAGUGUACUCACUUUUGAGUACACAAAAACAUGUUAAGAUCGUGAGAGAAUGACGAUUUCAUAUUGGAAACAUAAUUGAGUGCUUUUGCUUCCGCUAGAGAACUACAAAAAUUGGGUUCCGAUUAUGAAUAUAUAAUAUCGCUGAAGUUGAUCACUAAAAUCAUAUACUUUAGCUUCCUUAGCUAUGCAUCUUGAUUGAUCAGCACAUCAGUUUGUUAUGUGAUAUUUUUGUAUGAUACGGUAACAAUAACCAAUAUAUUCAUGAGUAUUUUUGUCAACGACCUGCUUCUUCGUGAGAAAAGAGGAAAAAGUGGAUUUUUUCGAAAAAAGAGGGUAAAAAGAGGAAUUUUAAAAGAACAAAAGAAAAGGAGGAAAAAGAGGUGGAGUGGGAUGCCAGCUCAAAGCUGCUAAAAUGAUCAUAACAUUAUGAUAGAUUUAUGUAUUUCGAAAUAUUUUUUUCAAAUGAUAACUCUCAUCUUCCUCUACAAAAUAACACAAUUUGAUCAAUAACUUUGUAUAAGUUUGUUGUAGAUAUUAUCGAUUUAUAGAGAGGGAUCGAAACUUUCGAACCAUCCUUUAGUCAUCAAAUUCUACGGAAUUUAAACCUAGCAAGAGCAUCUCUAGCGCUUACCAUUAUAAACGAAAAAAAGUCUUUCAAUUGACUCUCGGUGCUGGCUUGGCUUAAAAGUUGAGCCUACCCUAAACUAAGACCGCUCCGCCGCCCAUGGUAGAGCAUUUCACUUUGUAACUUGUACUAUAUUUUGUUUUUUAAUGCUACACCUGUCAUGAUUCAAAUAGUACCAGCUACUUUGCAACAAAGCCUAUUCUCAUCAGAAUUCUAAAGGGUGAUCAGAAAGUUUCGACCCCUCUCAGUAAAUCCAUGAUAUCUACAACAAACUUCUAUGAAGUUAUUGAUCAAAUUAUGUCAUUUUGUAGAGAAAAAUUAGAGCUAUAUUCUGAAAAAAAGAUAGUUCGAAAUACAUAAAUCC